AAAAACCUCGUAACCCUAGAGUUGCAGAGAGAUACCUCACCAGUCCGUCCAGCCGCGCAAGAAGAAGCUUCUCUCUCUUUCUUGAGGUGACGAAAUGAAGCACAACAAUGUCAUCCCCAAUGGACACUUUAAAAAGCACUGGCAGAACUAUGUGAAGACUUGGUUCAACCAGCCUGCCAGGAAGACCAGAAGAAGAGUUGCGAGGCAAAAGAAGGCUGUGAAGAUCUUCCCUCGUCCAACAUCUGGACCUCUCCGCCCUGUUGUGCAUGGUCAGACUCUUAAGUACAACAUGAAGGUCAGAACCGGUAAAGGAUUCACUCUUGAAGAGCUCAAGGCUGCUGGUAUCCCCAAGAAGUUGGCUCCUACAAUCGGUAUCUCUGUUGACCAUCGUCGCAAAAACCGUUCUUUGGAGGGUCUUCAAACCAAUGUCCAGAGGCUGAAAACCUACAAGGCUAAGUUGGUCAUCUUCCCGCGCCGUGCCCGGAAGGUUAAGGCUGGUGACUCUACACCAGAAGAGUUGGCCAAUGCUACCCAAGUCCAAGGAGACUACAUGCCUAUUGUACGUGAGAAGCCUACUAUGGAGCUCGUUAAGCUGACCUCAGAGAUGACAUCCUUCAAGGCGUAUGAUAAGCUACGUCUUGAGAGGACAAACAAGAGACAUGCUGGUGCUAGGCUCAAGAGGGCUCAAGAGGCUGAGAAAGAAGAGAAGAAGUGAGGAUCCUUCUUCUUAGUUAGAAUCCUUGUUAUCAUCUUUCGGAUCUGAAUUUUGGUGUAUCAAACUCUGUUUUUUGUUUCUUCAGUAUUGUAUCCUUGAAUCUUUUGAUUUUGCUGAUUCUUUGCUUCUCUGGUUUUAUGAAAAAGAUCAUAUCAGACAUUUUGCCAUCUA